UUGGCGCCCGGACCCGCGCGCAUGGGGGUUGCCCUGGAAACUGUGGUUAAUUCUGAGCCGGGAGAGGAGGUGUUGGUGUACCAGGUGCCAGGGUCAGCCCAGGCUCAGCAGAGAACCCUCCUUGGUGACUGCUACGAGUCGAGGACAACCGGGACAAAGAAGGGCUGGGCGGAGGAGAACCGAGCUGAGCUAAGAAGGGUGGGCGAAGAGGAAAGGAAAAUGGCAGAACAAUUGUUCCAGUUUGCAUGCACAGGAAAAAAAAAUCGGCAUUAUCUACAUAUUGCUUAACAAUCUAUGAGAAAAUGGGUAAUUAGACAAGCGUCACCCAGAACCGUCUUCUCAGCAUGAUCCAGAUCUCUCCAGAUGCAGUGAGCUGGGCCCCAGGACGCCCCAGCCACCCUGACACACCACCCAACAUCUAUGAGGGAGGGUUGGGGGCCCAGCAGCAGCAGGGCCCCAGUGCCCAGGGAAGCAAGCCCAAGAACUUCCGAUUGCGACACCUCCGGAGCCUGGCUCUCUACCUGCCAGGCCACAUGCAGCCUGCUGGUCAAUGUGGAAGCCACUGGCUAGGCCGGCUCAUGGCUGGGGGCAGCCUGACACGGCCUGAAGGCUCGCCCUGGCCCUUGGACCUGCCACAGGGGACCCUGGGUCCAGGUAACAGUCGUUGCUCGGCCCUUCUGGAAGCCCACCUGCCCAGGGACAGCCUGGGAAAUACAGCUUCCAGUUCCAGCAUGGACCCAGCCAAGGGUGUCCCCUCCCAGUCUGGUCCCCCCGAGGGCUUGGGACUCAGGCCCAAGAGGUCCUGGAGAGCCUUGGAGGAGACCAUGUGUCCCUUGUGCAAGAGAACCCGCUCUGGGGCCUUGGAGAGGACAUAGGAGCAAAGUGCCAGGGCUGGGGAACAGUAGGGGAAGGAUGGCCGAGGAGGAGGAGGCCAGGGUUACUGAGGAAGGGUUCAGUCCCAGCGGCAGUCCUCCCCACCGAGAUGGCUCCCAGAGUUGCCCAGCAGCAGACUGGGUUAGUCUGGGGAAAGCGUGAGGAGGGAGGGAGGAAGAAGACCCAUGAGAGGGACAGAAGAAACGGAAGCAUGCCCAUGCCCUUGCAGCCUGCCCAAACUCCGGAGGGUCAGCCACGUGUACCUGGGAGGUCAGGCCGAGCAGAGAAUCGGGUUCCUGAGAGGCCAGGGAGUCCUCAGGUCUAAUCUCAGUAAAAGCCAAGGCCUGCA